CUGGUGACUGAGAUGGCAUCCUCUCUAAAGGUCCUUGGCCCUAUCUUGGCCCUGCUGUUUCCCCUAUGUGGGCUGCUUAUACACAGCCAGAACCUUUCCUGGAGGGAAUUCAUGAAGCAGCACUACCUGAGCACAAGCUGGAAAUUCAGCGACUACAAAUGCGAUGAUCUCAUGAGGGAAAGAGGAGCUCCAAAAGACAGGAACUAUCAUACCUUCAUCUAUACCUUGUGGCACAAAAUCGAGCAUAUAUGCCUCAGGAAGUGGAGAGAUCGUUACAGAAAUGUAUAUAUAUGGGCCCAGCAUCCCUUCAAAAUCCUCCAGUGCUACCAGGAGAGUAACAAAAAGAGCUACAGAGAACAUAGCAGCUACAGCUACAUUGAAUUCCACUGUGGCACGAAUGGGUAUGUGGACAGCAUAGAGGACAUCCAAUUGUUAGACAUCAAAAAUUAGAAAGUCUACCCACACCCCCAGGUUUUAGUAGAGUGCCCAUUACUUCCCAAGUGGUAGCCUGACGCCUACAUCAACAGCGCUGGCUACUCCUUCCUUUGCGUGUAUGUGCCAAUGUUUUCUCACGACUGGAGUUAUGUACCACAAGGUUUCUUGAUAUUAAAACUGCCUGCAUUGUUUCUCUACCCUGAAUACCUUU